AUGUCUACGGAGGAAACUCUCAUUCCAUCUGAUUUCGUUGAAGGAACAAUACGUUUACCAUCUAUUCGCAAGUUAACAUUCAAGGUCCAUGUUAAUUGGUGGGACAGUUUUGAUGUGAUGAUUGCUAAAGACCCUAAUCUUAACGUUUAUUUGAUUUACGAUGGAUGGGACAAUGUUGUUUCGUACGUACCUAUAUACCCUGAUUAUUACGUUGUGAUGAGGUACAUUUUUGAGAAAAAUUUCCAGGUGGUUGUUUAUGACUUGAAUGGUUGUGAGGUUCUCGCGCCGAAGCGUGUAUACACGCCUGCUGCUGUAAACAUACCUAAACCCGUUCCUUCAAUUAUUGAAAUACCAGACUCUGACGCUCACACUGAUCAUGAAAAUGAUGUUGAUGAAUCUGAUCCUGAUUAUAAUGAGUCCAUUGGAUAUGAUUCAGAUGAUGCUUCUUCCAUUAUAACUAACUCUGAUAGCGAUGGGAUGGACAAUGACGAGGAGGAUGUUGAAGUUUCGGAUUCUGAAGAAGAUAGUAAGUUUGAUCCGGACUACCAUCCUAUUGAGUUUCAAUGGAAGUACGACAGGCAUUUUCGUCUUAAUUCCGAUGUUGCUGAAGCAUCCAGAAUUGACAUGACUAUGGAGAUGUGUGUGCAGAACUUGGCUGGAGAGGAUACGAUGAUUUCAUUUCGUGCUGAAGCACACGGUAGUGGUUUUCGAUAUGAGGCUUUGCAAUGGCGUACCAAGUUUACGAAACCAAAUGGUAUAAAUCAUCCUACCAAGUGCACGUUUGUUUAUUGUCAAGUUCAAAAGAAGUUGAUUCUCAAGAAGGUUGUCCAGUAGUACCGUUUGCACGUUCUAAACAAUAUAAAUAUAA